AUGAGGCAUCGUAAAGUUCAAAAAUGUAUUCAGAUGUUCAAUUCUUUGUCUUGUGUUUUUGUACACUAUGAACAAUUGUACCACAAAGCUUGGUUUAAGCACAUCCCUCAGGUGAGAGGAGUAUUAGGUGCGCCGAUACUAAUCACCAAUAAUAAAACAAGAAGGUUUGUGGUCAAUUUCGACCCUUACAUAGUGGAGGCAAUCCGGGAAACUGAGUACAUACAAAAACUGGAUCUUCCCGUACCGGAUGUGGCUCAAAUAUUGGUCUUCUGUAAAAAUAAGAUUCUUCACGCCUACGAGGUGGUGAAGCAACUGGUUGAAAAGAACAACACCAUGAGAAGAGAUAUGCCCAAGUUGUUCAUUCCGCUACUUAAAAGUCAGCUACUGAAAAUGCAAGUGGUCUUUAUGCCCGCCCUCUCAACAAUCACAUGGACGUCAAUGAGAAUUCCCGACUUCUGCAAAAACGUAACGGAAACCUUGGAAAUCGUACAGAUGUUUCUAAAGGAAGUCACCGAUAUAAAGGAGGCGCGCAUUGACGAAGUUUUUGCGCAAAUUGCCAAGACGUUUUUAACUUUCCUUCCCCCAGAACCGAUAUUCCCGAAUGAGUUGCUGCAAAUCUGUCUAUCGUAUAAAAUUCAAAAAGUGGCGGAAAUACGCUUGAAGCUGUAUACAGUCGAGAAAGCUGCAAUAUCGCUAGUUAAUAAAUUUGCCGAUACACUGUCAGACCCAGAAAUACAAGCUGAGAAGUACAACUGGUUGGAUACGACAAAGCCCCUUAAUGCAUCCUCUUCUACGUCAAAGUUAGCAUCGGAUGCAGCUUUUAAGGAGAUUGACCCCAAAAGUUUGUCAGACAUCCACCUUUUUCACAAAGAUUGCCUGGAUCUUUUUGAAUACUUUAAUGGUAAAACCGUCGACUGUCUAGUGAGAGCAACGAAAUUAUCCUUGGACCUUUUAAGACAAAGGGUGAAACCGGUUAGCUUUAUGGAUGACCACGCAACUCCCACCCCAAUAUUGCUGACCAGAAUGCAAUUACGCAUUCCCCUCGCGGUUAUCAAUCCAACUCUUGACGAAAUCGAGUUGCAUUUCGGCAAAAUUGUUAACGCCAUCUUAGAGAUUUCAAGCGAAAUUCCAAUGUGGGGCCAAGGCGACAUACUUCCCGAAACUGAGAUGAAAGAUUUAUCCAACUUUCACAAAAUGAUUACUGAACAAAAGGAAGUUUCACGAAUAUUUAUGGCCCUCCAAGGGGCGAUGUACCUAUAUAGCCCCGACGUGAAGAAGCUACUGCACGAUUAUUACCAUAAAUACGCCUUUCUAUGGACGAACGACCGCGACGACCAAAUUCAGGCGUUCUGCGACGCGGAACCUUUAAUCGUCCAAAUUAGCGAGAGAUUCACCGAGUACGACUCAAGGGCGGACGAAAUACGUCAACUGCCCGAGCAUUACGAUAUUGGACCCAUACGCAUUCUGAUGGACGAGUAUAAACUAGCGCUGUUGAUCGAAUCGGACGCGUGGAAGCAUCUUCUAGGGAAGAAGUUGGGCAUCAAGUACAAGGAGAAACUAAUGGCAAUGGUCGACUUUAUUAAAGCCCAAGAGAAGAUUUUGGCGAAACCUAUCAAGGAUUUGGACGACUGCAGAACGGCAAUGGCUUGCCUUCAGCGGGUACGCGAGAAUUUUAUCAACAUGGAUUUGUGUUUGGGCUUAAUGGAGGAGGCAUAUGGAGUAUUUACUAACUACAAUAUUGACGUACCUAAAGAGGACAUUGAACGAAUGGACACAUUGAGACUGAACUUUAACAGUAUGUUGGAGCACGCGAAACAAGUGCAGUACGACAUAAUUUUGGCUCAAGCACCACUUCAAGCCGAAUUAAUCGCUGGCGUCGCGACGUUUGCCAAGGACGUUGACGCGUUCGACAUGGACUACGAGCUCAACGGCCCCAUGAUACCCGGCCUACAAGCGCGCGAGGCAAGUGAUCGGGUCCUGCUUUUCCAAGCGCGCUUCGACGAUCUAUGGGCCAAAUUUGAGAUGUACUCGAGCGGGGAAAUGCUGUUCGGAAUGGAAGUUAACGACUACCCCGCACUUCACAAGCGAAAGAAGGAGUUCAAUCUUCUAAAUAAGCUGUACGGGUUAUAUCUGCAGGUGAACAGCACCAUAGAUGGGUACUUCGAUCUCUUGUGGAGUGAUGUUGAUACCGAAGUUAUUAUUACAGAAUUAACGGAUUUCCAAAACAAGUGUCGCAAAUUACCGAAGGCUCUGAAGGAUUGGCCUGCGUUUCUAGAUUUGAAACAGAAAAUUGAUGACUUCAAUGAAACGUGCCCUCUUCUAGAAUUAAUGGCGAAUAAAGCCAUGAAAGACAGACACUGGAAAAGAAUAGCUAAGGUGACCAGUUACGAGUUUCCGAUAGAGUCUCCAACCUUUACGCUACGUGACGUUAUGGAAGCCCCUCUAUUGAAGUUUAAGGAUGAUGUAGAGGACAUUUGCAUUAGCGCGGUAAAGGAAAAGGACAUCGAGGCAAAGUUGAAGCAAGUAAUUGCCGAUUGGGCGAUUGUUGACUUAACGUUCGGCACUUUCAAAACUAAAGGAGAGCUACUGCUCAAAGGCAGCGAAACUGGCGAAAUUAUUGCAAUGCUAGAAGACAGUUUGAUGAUUUUAAACUCUUUAUUAAGCAACAGGUAUAACGCACCGUUCAAGAGAGACCUCCAAACAUGGGCGCACAAGCUAGUGACAACAUCCGAGGUUCUCGAAAAGUGGAUGCAAGUCCAAAAUUUGUGGGUGUACUUAGAGGCUGUAUUCGUAGGGGGAGACAUAUCAAAACAAUUGCCGGCGGAAGCCAAAAGAUUUUCGGCCAUUGACAAGGCGUGGUUGAAGAUUAUGGUAAGGGCUCACGAUAUUGUUAACGUGGUGGAAUGCUGCACGGGUGAUGAAACCAUGACUCAGUUAUUACCGUAUCUUCUAGACCAAUUGGAGACGUGUCAAAAAAGUUUAACGGGAUACCUAGAAUCGAAAAGGCUAUGCUUUCCACGAUUUUUCUUCAUAUCCGAUCCUGUACUGCUGGAAAUUCUAGGCCAGAGUUCCGAUCCGCACUCUAUUCAGCCACAUUUACUCAGCUUAUUCGACGCCGUUUACAAAGUUAUUUUCGACGAAAAUAAAUACGAGGACGUAAUCGCCAUGUCGUCGGAUUUGGGUGAAGUUGUUCCAUUCGAUAAGCCGGUCAACUGCGUCGGCGGGGUUGAGAUAUGGCUGAAUAAGCUACUAGGGACUGUGCGAGAUACCGUAAGGAACGUGAUUGCGGUUCAAGCUCAAUGUUUCGUAAAUCCGGAUUACGACUUUAUCAAGGGGUUUGUCGAAUUUUGCGGACAGGCGGGUUUAGUCGGCGUUCAGCUCUUGUGGACUAAAGAAGCAGAAAUUGCCAUUCGAAAAUCACGCGUCGAUAAAAUUAUCAUGAAAGCGACUAACCAGAGGUUUUUAGACAUUCUAAACGAUUUAAUCGAUCUUACGUCCAAGGAUUUAACGAAAAUGCAGCGAACACGUUACGAAACCAUGGUAACAAUACAUGUCCAUCAGAGGGAUAUCUUUGAUGAUAUGGUCCAGUUAAAGGUAAGGUCAUUGAAUGAUUUCGAAUGGCAGAAACAAGCCAGAUUUUACUACAACGAAGAGAACGAUCAGUGCGUGGUUAAAAUUACUGAUGUCAUUUUUGAAUACCAAAACGAGUACCUUGGCAUUACAGAGCGCUUAGCGAUCACUCCAUUAACCGACAGAUGUUACAUUACUUUGGCCCAGGCCAUUUGGAUGAAUAUGGGCGGCGCACCAGCUGGACCUGCUGGUACCGGAAAAACCGAAACCACCAAAGACAUGGGGAGAACGUUAGGAAAGUUUGUAGUAGUCUUUAAUUGCUCAGACCAGAUGGACUUUAGAGGUUUGGGACGAAUCUAUAAGGGUUUAGCUCAGUCUGGUACAUGGGGCUGUUUCGACGAAUUCAACAGAAUUGAACUGCCUGUACUGUCGGUUGCGGCACAACAAAUUUACAUAGUGCUAACAGCCCGUAAGGAGAGGAAACCUUUUUUUAUAUUUAGUGAUGGAGACAACGUUUCCAUGAAUAUCGAAUUUGGUAUAUUUCUAACCAUGAAUCCUGGUUACGCCGGUAGACAAGAACUGCCGGAAAAUUUAAAGAUAAUGUUUCGCACAGUUUCCAUGAUGGUUCCCGAUCGCCAGAUCAUCAUUCGAGUGAAACUGGCGUCAUGCGGUUUCAAAGAAAACGUAAUCUUAGCUAGAAAGUUCUUCACCUUAUAUAAACUCUGCGAGGAGCAGCUGUCAAAGCAGGUACAUUACGAUUUUGGCUUGCGUAACAUUCUCUCUGUUUUACGAACACUCGGCGCCCAGAAACGAAUGAAUCCGAACGAUACAGAGGAAACGAUCGUUAUGAGAGUGUUAAGGGAUAUGAAUUUGAGCAAACUGGUCGACGAAGACGAGCCGCUGUUCUUGUCGCUUAUUGACGAUAUGUUCCCGGGAAUAAAAUUAACCGUUCACUCGUGGAAGGAUCUUCAAAGGUCGAUUGCAAACCAAACGGCGCAAAUGGGCAUUAUUAAUUACUCUUCGUGGAAUUUAAAAGUGGUGCAGCUGUACGAAACAUACUUGGUACGACAUGGACUGAUGGUAUUAGGACCAACCGGCGCCGGAAAGACCAAGUGCAUGAUUUGUUUGAUGAGAGCCAUGACCGAAGGUGGACUACCUACGAAAGAAAUGCGGAUGAAUCCAAAGGCGAUCACCGCCCCCCAAAUGUUCGGCCGUCUGGAUGUUGCCACUAACGAUUGGACCGACGGCAUAUUCUCCACCCUUUGGAGACGAACGUUGAAGGUGAAGAAAACAGAUUUCACCUGGUUGGUUUUGGACGGCCCUGUGGAUGCCGUGUGGAUUGAAAACCUAAAUUCAGUGUUAGACGACAAUAAAACGUUGACUUUGGCCAAUGGUGAUAGAAUAGUAAUGGCGGCUAAUUCUAAAAUAGUUUUCGAGCCGGAUAACGUUGACAACGCAAGUCCGGCAACGGUCUCGCGUAUGGGCAUGGUUUUCAUGAGCGCGUCUGUAUUACCUUGGAUGCCCAUUUUGGAGGCGUGGCUUAAAACGCGACAACCUGGCGAAGCCGAAGUUCUCAAAAACUUCUUCAAUAAGGUCUACGAUGAUCUGCAUAACUUCCUGCAGGUUAAACUGAAACCAAAAAUGGCGAUUCGGGAGGCGUUGUACAUAAGGCAAUGUUGCGAUAUGCUUCAGGGGUUAUUGACUACUGUGGACGAUAUACCGCGAACGUACUCGGAUAAACAUCUAGAACGAUUCUUCAUCUUCUCAGUGAUGUGGUCCCUGGGCGCCGCUUUGGAAUUAGACGAUCGCUCUAAAUUAGAGCAAUACGCAGUUAAAAUGCCAGUGAAGAUGGACUGGCCUAAAUGUAUGACCGACGAAUCCAUUUUUGAGUACGUUGUCGCCGACAGUGGCCGAUGGGAACACUGGCGAGAAAGAGUAGAAUCUUUUAGUUAUCCCGAGGAUCAGAUUUUAGAAUACACGUCUAUUUUGGUUCCAAAUGUAGAUAACACUAGGACUGCUUUUCUCAUAGAGACUAUCGCCAAACAGGGAAAAGCCGUACUGCUGAUCGGUGAACAGGGUACCGCAAAAACGGUGAUGAUCAAAGGUUUCUUAAAUACAUUCGAUCCCGAAUACAAAGUUAGCAAGUCGUUUAACUUUUCAUCCGCAACAACCCCUAAUAUGGUGCAACGGAUUAUAGAGUCAUAUGUAGAUAAACGGGUCGGUACCACUUAUGGGCCUCCCGCUGGUAAAACUCUAACUAUUUUUAUUGACGACAUCAAUAUGCCCGUGAUAAACGAUUGGGGCGAUCAAAUUACCAACGAGAUUGUGCGGCAGUUGAUGGAAAUGGGAGGCUUUUACAGUUUAGACAAACCCGGAGAUUUCUCGACAAUUAUGGACACGUUCUUCUUAGCUGCGAUGAUCCAUCCGGGUGGCGGACGUAACGACAUUCCACAUCGCUUAAAGAGACAGUUCUGCGUGUUUAACUGCACAUUGCCCAGCGUUAAUUCGAUGGAUAUGAUUUUUAAUCAAAUUGGUAGAGGUUACUUUUGCAGUUCGCGUUUUAAUUCUGAAAUAGUCAACUUUCUACCACGAUUAAUACCUCUUACUAGACACGUAUGGGCGCAAACCAAAGUGAAGAUGCUACCCACCCCCGCCAAGUUUCACUAUGUGUUUAAUCUCAGAGACUUAUCUAGAAUUUGGCAAGGCAUUCUCACCGUGCAGGAUUUGGAAUGUCAGUCCAUUACGUCGCUGUUGAAACUUUGGCAACACGAAUGUACGAGAGUAAUUUCGGAUAGAUUCAUAAACGAAGAAGACAGAGAGUGGUUUUUGCAAAACUUAACGAGACAGGCAAUAAAAGAGCUUGACGACUACGCUCCCUUGUUUCCUGAGGAGCCGACGUUUUGGGUCGACUAUUUACGAGAGCCCCCCGAAGCGACCGGAGACGAGCCCGACGAUUUCGUCUUUGACGCUCCCAAAAUUUACGAAGAAAUUCCCAGCUGGUCGUUUGUCAAAGGAAAGCUGCACAGUUUCAUGGAGAGCUACAAUGAGGCGACACGCGGUUCCGCAAUGGAUUUGGUGUUCUUUCACGACGCGAUGGUUCAUUUGAACAUUGUAUCCAGGAUAGUGAGAACGGCGCGAGGAAAUGCGCUUUUGGUGGGCGUCGGCGGUUCCGGCAAGCAAAGCUUGACCAAACUGGCCUCGUUUAUCGCCGGAUACUCGAGCUUCCAAAUUUCACUGACAAGGUCGUACAAUUUGAAUAACUUCAUGGACGACAUGAAAUACCUUUAUAAGGUUUCCGGUUUUGAAGGUCGAGGCAUUACCUUUGUGUUCACAGACAAUGAUAUUAAAGAAGAGACUUUUUUGGAGUCUUUAAACAACGUUUUGAGCUCUGGUGAGAUCGCGAAUCUUUUUCCCAAAGACGAACUUGAUGAAAUCACAACUGAGUUGAUCGGUGUAAUGAAGAAGGUGGCGCCAAAGAAAGUGCCAACUAACGAUGUGUUGUAUGAUUUUUUCAUAAGCCGAGCUCGUUCCAACUUACACGUUGUGUUAUGUUUUUCACCGGUGGGUGAAAAGUUUCGAAAUCGCGCUUUGAAAUUUCCAGGUUUGAUAUCAGGAUGCACAAUGGAUUGGUAUUCCCGUUGGCCGAUAGACGCACUUGUUGCCGUCUCUAACCACUUCCUCAGUAACUACUAUACCGUUUCAACUAGCGAAAUCAAAUCUGGUCUUAUUCGUAUUAUGGCCACAAUACAAGAAACCGUCACGGAAAUGUGCGUCGCUUACUUUGAAAGGUUUCGCAGACAGACGUUUGUGACGCCCAAGACGUUUCUGUCCUUCUUGGGCAGUUACAAAGUAUUAUACAAAGACAAACAUGACGGAAUAGCAGUACUGGCGGAAAGAAUGAGAACUGGUCUGACUAAACUAAUCGAGGCGGCGGAAAGCGUCGACAUCCUGCGUAAGGAACUAGAAGUUAAGGAACAAGAAAUCGCGGUAGCAAACGCCGCCGCCGAAAAAGUAUUGGCAGUCGUCGAAAAGGCUUCGGCAAUUGCCAACAAAAUAAAGGAAGAGGCUCUCAUUGUCAAAGAGCGCGCCGAAGUACUCGUCAAGAAAAUUGGUAAAGAUCAGAAAAAUGCCGAGAAGAAACUGAUCGCCGCUAAACCCGCUUUGGAAGCAGCCGAAACUGCUCUCCAGACGAUUAAAGCGGCUGAUAUUUCAACCGUCAGAAAACUGGGAAAGCCCCCCUUUUUGAUUAUGGUAAUUAUGGACGCAGUGUUAAUUUACUUCAAGAAAAAAAUUGAGCCUACUAAAGUAGACCUAGAAAAAUCGUUUCUUGUGACUUCCUGGCAGGAAUCUUUGAAAGUCAUGGCAGACUCCAAAUUUUUGUUUAACCUACAAAACUAUCCCAAAGACACGAUCAAUGCUGAAAUAAUAGACUUGCUGGCACCGUACUUUGAUUUUCCGACCUACACGUUUGAAAGCGCAAAAUUGGCUUGCGGUAACGUGGCCGGUUUGAUUUCGUGGACUAUCGCCAUGGCCUCGUUUUACGAUGUUAACAAAGAUGUCCUGCCUUUAAAGGCGAAUUUAGCAAGACAACAAGCAAGGUUGGACAAAGCCACCGGUGAGCUUAAUGCUGCGAUGGAUCUUUUGGAAAAGAAAGAAGCGGAAGUGAAGCAGUGUCAGGAUGAGUACGAUGAAGCCAUGCGAUUAAAACAGGCCGUGAUGGACGACGCGAAUCGAUGUAAAAAUAAAAUGAACCAAGCCAGUGCGCUAAUCGACGGUUUGAGUGGCGAAAGGGUGCGUUGGACAAAUCAAUCGGCACUUUUCAAAGCCGAAACCGAAAGGCUGAUCGGUGACAUCGUCAUUCUCGUCGGAUUCCUCAGUUACUCGGGUCCGUUCAAUCAAGAGUUUAGGGUACUUCAGCAGCAGGUCUGGCUCAACGCACUUCUCAAUCUGAAAAUACCGGUCUCAAACGACAUUAACAUUACGGAUGCUUUAAUCGAUACAGCGACGAUUGGCGAAUGGAACUUGCAAGGUUUGCCAACGGACGAUCUGUCUAUUCAAAAUGGAAUUAUCGUUACACGAGCGGCGAGAUAUCCUUUGUUAAUAGAUCCGCAGAGUCAAGGAAAGAAUUGGGUAAAGAAUAUGGAAAAAGACAACCACUUAAUUGUUACCACACUAAACGAUAAGUAUUUCAGGAACUACAUAGAGGAUUCGGUCUCGCUAGGUUAUCCAAUGCUAAUCGAGGACGUAUUGGAGGAGCUCGAUCCUGUGUUGGAUAACGUGAUGGAGAAAAAUCACAUUAAAGUAGGCUCGAGCUACAAGGUCAAGGUUGGAGACAAAGAAGUUGAUUAUCAUCCGAGCUUCCGGCUUUAUAUCACUACAAAACUGGCGAAUCCCAAUUACAGUCCCGAAAUUUACGCGAGAGCGUCGAUCAUCGACUUUACCGUUACAAUGAAAGGUCUCGAAGACCAGUUAUUGGGAAGGGUGAUACUGACGGAAAAGAGGGAACUGGAAACCGAACGAACGAACUUGAUUAAGGACGUGACUGCGAACAAGAGGAAAAUGCUGGAACUGGAGGCUAACCUGUUGUAUAAGUUAACGACAACUCAGGGUUCGUUAGUUGAUGAUGAAUCCGUCUUGGAGGUGCUGAACGUGACCCAAAACACCGCCGCAGACGUGCGCGAGAAGCUGAACGUUGCUAAGGAGACUGAGACGAAAAUCAAUGCAGCUAGGGAAGAAUUCCGAGCUGUUGCUAGACGCGGAAGUGUCUUAUACUUUUUGACCACAAGCAUGGCAAUGGUAAACUGUAUGUACCAAACUUCCCUGGAGCAGUUCUUAGAAAGAUUUGAUAUAUCGAUGCACCGUUCAGAAAAAACUCCGAUCACAUCUAGACGCAUUAACUUCAUCAUUGAAUACAUGACGUAUGAGAUUUACAAAUACAAAUCGCGAGGUUUAUACGAAGUGGAUAAGUACAUGUUUGUGCUCCUUCUGACACUUAAAGUAGAUAUGAAUCGCAAUUAUGUCACUCACGAAGAGUUUCAGUAUUUGAUUAAGGGAGGUGCUGCUUUAGAUCUAAAUGCUUGUCCUCCAAAGCCGGCGAAAUGGAUCACAGAUACAACCUGGCUUAAUCUCGUGGAACUCGCAAAAUUGUACCAAUUUCAAAACAUUUUGACCCAGGUGGAAAACAACGAGCGGUCUUGGAAGGCGUGGUUCGACAAGGAUGCGCCGGAAGAUUCUCCGAUUCCGGAUGGUUACCUUUCUUUGGAUCCCUUUAAAAAAUUGUUAAUGAUCCGCGCGUGGUGUUCCGAUCGUACUUUAACUCAAAGUCGCAAAUAUAUAGCCGCGUCGAUGGGACAGCGUUUUGCCGAACCGAUAAUACUAAAUAUGGAAGCUCUCCACUCGGAAAGCCGACCCUCGACCCCGCUCAUUUGUUUCUUAACAACCGGCGCAGAUCCAACUCCUUACAUUGAACAGUUGUCGAAGAGAAUGGAAAAUAUGACCAAAUGUAUGUCGAUGGGACAAGGUCAGGAGAUACACGCUAGGAAGCUUUUGGCACACGCCAUGAGUGAGGGCUACUGGGCGUUACUACAAAACUGCCACUUAGGAUUGGAGUAUAUGAUGGAAAUUUUACUCAUCUUCCUUGAACUGGAAAAAAAGGGGGGCGCCGGAGCUCACCCCGAUUUUAGACUGUGGCUCACCACUGAGGUGCAUCCGAAAUUCCCGAUCAGCUUGCUGCAAAUUUGCAUUAAAUUCACAAAUGAACCGCCGUCUGGCAUUCGUGCUGGUCUCAUGCGCACGUAUGGAUCCAUGAACCAAGACAUGCUGGACAAAAACGACCAAUGGCAGUAUCUUCCCCUCAUUUACGCAAUCUCCUUUCUGCACACCGUUGUGCAGGAACGUCGCAAGUUUGGACCGUUAGGAUGGAAUAUACCUUACGAGUUUAACUCCGCCGAUUGGCUCGCCAGUUGCAUGUUUUGUCAAAAUCAUCUCGACGAUGUCGAUCCCUUAAAGGGCCCCAGCUGGAGCACCAUUAGGUAUAUGAUUGGAGAGGUGCAAUAUGGAGGUAGAGUGACCGACGACUAUGACAAGAUUCUACUGAACACUUUUGCUCAAGUGUGGUUUACCGAUGGGAUGUUCAAUGAAGACUUCUGUUUUUACAGAGGAUAUAAAAUUUUUAGGUUCAAGCAACUUGCCGACUACUUCAAAGCGUUUGAGGAUAUGCGUCCGACCGAUCCUCCGCAAGCUUACGGAUUGCAUCCCAAUGCCGAUAUAACGUACCAAACCAAUGUAACUACGACCAUGCUUCAGACGAUUUUGUCGAUUCAACCAAAAUCGUCUGGAGGAGGCGGGGAAUCGCGAGAGUCUUCGGUGGCAAGACAAGCAACGGAAAUGCUCGCAAAGGUGCCAUCCGAUUACGAUCCUUACGAAGUUAAAGAGCGGUUACGGAUUAUGGGGAUCUUAAAACCAUUAAAUAUCUUCCUACGCCAGGAGAUUGACAGAAUGCAACGGGUCAUUAAACUUGUACGAAUUACUUUGAGAGACCUACUGUUAGCGAUCGAGGGUACCAUCAUAAUGAAUGAGUCCCUUAGAGAUGCUCUAGACAUGAUUUACGACGCAAUGGUACCGAUGGUUUGGCGCAGAGGUUCUUGGUUAUCCAGUUCGAUUGGAUUUUGGUUCACUGAACUUCUGGAAAGGAAUGCCCAAUUCAGAAGCUGGUGUUUCGUAACGAAACCUCCAGUGUUUUGGAUGACGGGCUUCUUUAAUCCCCAAGGUUUCUUAACGGCAAUGACUCAGGAGGUAACCAGAGCGCACAAGGGUUGGGCUUUAGAUCAGGUGGUCUUGCACAACACAGUCACUAAGUCCUCUUGUGAGGAAGUGAAAUCCGGCCCUGCGGAGGGAGUCUACAUUCACGGUCUCUACAUGGACGGAGCCGGAUGGGAUAGAAAAAAUUGUCGUUUGGGGGAAUCUAUCAAUAAGGUCUUAUACACGCUAAUGCCCGUUAUACAUGUCUUUGCCAUUUUCUCAACUUCACCUAAGGAUCCAGCUUUAUACAAGUGUCCCGUUUACAAGAAACCAAGACGAACAGAUUUGAACUUUAUAACUCCGUUAUGGUUGGUAACGCUGAAACCUCCCCAGCAUUGGACGUUAAGGGGCGUUGCACUUCUGUGUGAUAUUAAAUAAGUGUUUUGUGUUAGUUAUAGGUGUUUUUGUAGCAGUAUACAAUUAGCUCGAUUCUAAUAGUAUCUACUUAGCGUUUUA